AUGUUGAGUGUCGUCUCUGCAAGUUAUGCAAUCCUUACCAUUGUCUUGCUGUUUUCUGCAACUUGCUGCAGGUCUAAACCUACAAAAAACAAAUAUCUCUGUAGUACCCCUCUUUCCUGCGGAAUCAUUAAAAACAUUUCCUACCCUUUUGGAUUAGAAGGGGGUCCAGAAAAUUGCGGUGACCCUAACUAUCUUCUGGCUUGUGAGAACAAUAACACAAUAUUGCACUUGGAUUCUGGAAAAUUAUUGGUGAAGGAAAUCAAUCAUUAUAGUCAGACUAUCCGCGUCGUAGAUGCUGGUUUGCUGACGAAGAAUUGCUCUUCCCUUCCUCUUUAUUCCCUUCAGUACUUUUUCUCUGAUCAUUACUCUCGUUUUACGCAAGAAAGUGUUGUAUUUCUGAGUUGUAAGAAUCCAGUUAGUUCCUCUCGCUAUGUUGAGAGAGCUCCUUGUGUCAGUGGAGUUUAUAGUUCAAAGAAGUUCUCAUCUACUUCUUCCGAAGAGAAUUUAUACUCAUAUGUUAUGUUUGGACCAAAUCUGAAAAUUUCAGAGAUUCAAGAUAUGUGCAGGGUAGACUUUGUAACAACGGUUUCUUCAAUAAAGUGCGAGAUGAGCAACUGUUCAUAUUUGGAUAUUUAUAAGGCAAUGAUUAACGGCUUUGAGCUCUCUUGGCCAUACAUCUAUUGCAAAGAGUGCAUCAGACAAGGAGCCUGCAAGUUUAAUGAUGAUUAUUCCAAGAUUUUGGGCUGCUCCUCAAACGCUUACAUUAGCAAUCUAACAAUAACACUUCUUGGGAUAUCCGGCUUUCUUUAUCAUCUGUCAUUGGCAGCAGUAUCAAGAUGUUUCCUCGGCGCGCCUUUUUUCCUGUGCUUCUUAGUCUAUAAAUGGCGUAGAAGACAUCUAUCAAUGUAUGACAAAGUUGAAGAUUUCCUACGAAGUAACAACAAUCUCAUGCCUAUCAUGUACUCUUACGGGGAGAUUAAGAAGAUGACUAGAGGCUUCAAGGAUAAACUAGGUGAAGGAGGCUACGGUUCAGUUUACAAAGGAAAACUUUCAAGUGGCAGAGCUGUGGCUAUAAAGUUAUUAAGCAAGCCUAAGGGCAAUGGCCAAGAUUUUAUCAAUGAGAUUGCUACAAUCGGAAGAAUUCAUCAUGUCAAUGUGGUGCAACUCAUUGGUUUUUGUGCUGAGAGAUCAAAGCGUGCGCUUGUAUACGAUUUCAUGCCGAAUGGAUCUCUUGAGAAAUACAUUUUUUCACAAAAUGAAGGAGAAGAUCCAUUGAGUUGCGAAAAGAUGUACAAGAUUUGUCUCGGCAUAGCUCGUGGAAUCGAAUAUCUUCACAGAGGUUGUGAUAUGCAGAUCUUGCAUUUUGACAUCAAGCCUCAUAAUAUUCUUCUAGAUGAAAAUUUUGGUUCCAAAGUCUCAGAUUUUGGACUUGCAAAACUGUAUCCAACUGAAGACAGUAUAGUGUCUCUAACAGCACCUAGAGGAACAAUGGGUUACAUGGCUCCAGAAUUGUUCUACAAGAACAUUGGAGGAAUAUCUUAUAAAGCAGAUGUCUAUAGUUUUGGGAUGUUGUUGAUGGAAAUGGCAGGUAGAAGGAAGAAUCUAAAUGCAUUUGCAGAGCAUUCAAGCCAAAUUUACUUACCAACAUGGGCUUACGAGCAAUUCAAUAAAGGUAAAGACAUAGAAAUCGAAAAUGCAGGAGAGGAGGAGAGAAAACUUACAAAGAAGAUGAUGAUAGUCGCGUUGUGGUGCAUACAGAUGAAGCCCGAUAACCGUCCCUCCAUGAACAGAGUUGUGGAGAUGCUCGAAGGAGAAGUCGAAUCUCUGCAGAUGCCUCCAAAGCCUUUUCUAUCUCCACAGUAG